AUGAAAAUUGGUAUGGGAUUCUUAAUAUUGUUAUUAAAUAGUGGCCUAUUGCUUUUUGGUGCGGCAGAUCUAAUUUCUGAUAAAGAUUUGAAACAUGAAAGCUUGUUGGAAAUGGCUGGAAAUCGUUUACCGGACAAUAUAUAUCCUGUACACUAUAUAAUCCAAUUAGACUUACAUUAUUCUAUGAACAAACAUAUUACUUCUCAAGGCCGAUGCACAAUUUUUAUCCAAAUUAAUAGUCCAACGAACAAUCUAAAUUUACACGCAGAUACAUCACAAAUACAUAAAUUAUAUUUUCAAGAAUUGAAAACUUUAUAUAAAGAAGAAAAAAAGGAAACAUCAUAUGUGAUGUUUUUUCCAGUAUCCUCUACAUACAAUAGUAAAAAUAAUGUCUGGGUUUUUUAUUUCGAUAAGAAAAUACCACCUGGUUCUUACAGUCUAAAUUUGAUAUUUGAGUAUGCAGAAGUAAACAGUGAAGGGGUUUUCAGAACGUCAUUUAUAAAUGAUGAAGGAAAUACAACAUGGUUAGUCGCAUUAGAUUUUCUGCCAAUUGGAGCUCGACGAAUAUUUCCUUGUUGGGAUGAACCAAGAUUUCUGGCGACUUUUGAGAUUUUUAUGAAUAUAAUAACAUCUGAAUAUAAUUACACGAUUUUGUCGAAUACACCGACUAGAAAUACAACAAGUUAUAUACUUGACUUUCAAAAAAUAAUGCAGGUUGAGGUGACUUCUCGCAUCCCGACAUAUCACGUCUCAGCAAUACUGCUAUCGCAUUUCACCACAAUAAAAUUAUUGUUUUUUGAAAAUGAUAUGAAUCUAAACAUCAGACAUCGACAGCAGUUAAAUGCGUAUUAUAUCUCAUUUGCAUAUUUUGUUGUUGAGGAAGUCACAUCAUAUUACAUAUCGCAAGAGCGUCUCAAGAAUAUAACAGAUAUAACUCAUGUUCUAAUCCCAGGUUUCCGACACGAUGCCGUUUCAAAUUUGGGACUCAUUUAUUACAAAGAAACAGCUGUUAUAUUUCAUGAAAAGAAAGAACCGUUAAUGCGUAAACCAGAAAUUGCGCGUUUAAUAGGACGUUCAAUAGCAUAUCAAUGCUUUAAGAAUCAUAUCAGUCCAUCUUGGUGGUCUUACAUGUGGUUAAUCGAGGGUAUUACAACAUUAUUCGCAUUGGAUGCAAUUGAUGAGAUUUUGCCAGAUUUCCAUAUAAACGAUUUGUUUGUCGUUCAAACUCUACAAGAAUCUCUUCGUUUCGAUGAUAAUUUCAUUAUGAAGCCUCUUAUAACAGAAAUAAAAACUCCUUCUGAAAUUGAAUCAAUUUUUUCAAUGUCUUAUUAUUUGAAAGCACCAUCUAUAUUGCGCAUGUUACAACUGAUGCUCUCGAAAGAUAUAUUUCAAAAGGGUAUAACGAUAUAUUUAAACAAAGAUCCUUUAGAUGAUGUGACAACUAUUGACGCUUUCUGGUUUGCUAUACAAAAUGCUUAUGAUGCUUCUGUAAACAAUGUAAGAUUAAACGUAGAGGAGUUAAUGAAUGCUUGGACAAAGCAACAGCACUAUCCUGUGGUGAAAGUUACACGAAAUAAUUCUAACGUGACAAUAUUAAUAGAAAAUAUGAAUGAAAAGAACUGGUGGAUACCUUAUACAACGACUACGAAUGCAAAUAAACAUAGACCUGACUUUUCUUUAUUAACUCUGCAGAGUAAUAUCCGUUUUCCUUUAGUGGGAGAAGAAUUAAAUCUCAAUGUUGGAAGUAAUUGGAUUAUAGUUAAUGUACAACAAAUAGGAUAUUUUCGUGUCAAUUACGAUAAGAUUACUUUGAGACAAAUCUCGGAAUACUUAAUGUCGGAUGAUGUAAAUAAAAUACAUAUCCUCAAUCGUGCUCAAAUUAUCGAUGACGCAUUUUAUUUUUUUAUGAAAAAGGAAACUGAUUUGAAUGUAUUCUUGGCUCUCACGAAAUAUCUACAGCAAGAGACAGAUUUUAUAGCAUGGUAUCCUAUGUUUAAAGGUCUUGAAUACAUGUCGACCUUUUUCCAUUAUCAAAGCAGUUCAUAUAUCAAGAGUAAUAUGCUGAGUAUAGUAAAUACAAUUUUUGUUAAAACAAUAAAACAUAAUUCGGACAAUUUGUUCGAUAUUAGUUUAAAAGAAGAGAUUUCAAGAUGGGCAUGUAUUCUUGGUUCUUCCGAAUGCAAGAAGGAAGCUUACUCUAAAUUACAGAUACAUUUACAAAAUCAAACUGUUUUGUCUCGGUGGAAGGAAUGGACAUACUGUAAUGGUUUAAUGAUAGCAGAUAAUAAUACUUGGUAUUCAGUAUUUGAUAAUACAAAUACUGAAAAAUAUGAUUUACCUAAUUAUAUGUAUCUUAAAUUGAUGGCUUGUUCCGAAGAUUUCUUUAUUAUUCGUAAUUAUAUAGAGCUCAUAAGAUCAGCAGAGUUUUAUAAUGAAACACAAAAAGAUUACGGCCAAGUUUACAUUUUUCAUUUUGUCGUUGAGAGACAUGCAAAGAAUGAUACUAUGCUUGAUUAUAUAUUAGCAAAUUUGGAUGAAAUAAAACCCAGAAAAAUGACUACCACUGAAGCGUUAAUAGACAUUAUUAAUCACGUGUAUACCAAGGAGCAACUGAAUAAAGUACAGGCAUGCACAAUACCUGAAUUACAAGAUCUAAUAAUUCUUGUGAAAGUUUCAUUACUUAAACACAAAAUAGAAUCACGCGUACUUGAAAUAACUCAACAAGAAGAAUAUUUGUCGCGGUAUAUUUAA